AUGGAGGAAAACGAGAAAGCGGCUCUUCUACUCCUCGAUCGCGCAUCUCGAGCAACCAGAGGUAAACGUCUCUCGAAGCUUCUCGACGACGAAGUCGAACAAGACGAAUUGUUCUGGGGCCAAGAUGCUCUCAAAGAUGAAGAAGAAGACGAUAACUACCAAGAGGAAGCGGAAAUCGCCGACGAAUUCGACUCCGAUUUCGACCAAGACGAGCCUGAACCUGAUGAGGAACAACCUCAGGUUGAUGCCGAUGAAAGAAUGAAUAAGAAGAAGCGAUUGAUAGUUCCGGGGAAGACAUUGGCUAAGAAGAAGAAAAAGAAGAAAAUCUUAUCUAAUUUGGAAAAUUCGGUAAAAAAUGAUCAAGAGGAAGAUGAUAAUAAUAACAAUAAACCUAGUGUUUCUGGGGAGCACCAUGAUGAUGCAAAGGAGAUAAUGGUUAGGAAGUCCACUAGAACUUCCGUCAUUGUGCGGCAAGCUGAAAGAGAAGCCAUUCGUGCAGCUAUCCAAGCAACCAGCAAGCCAGUAAUAAAAAGGAAGAAAGAAGGUGAGGAGAAGAAAAUGUCACAAGAGGAGAUGCUUUUAGAAGCUGCUCAAACAGAAAUUAUGAACUUGCGGAAUUUGGAGCGAGUUUUAGCUAGAGAGGAAGAAGUUAAGAGAAGAGCAAUUGUGCAUAAAACUGUAUAUAAUGGUCCACAGAUACACUACAUUUCACAAAAUGGUUGUAAUUAUCUAGAGUUUGCUAAAGGGGCGUCAUUUCACUCAGAUAUUGCCACAACACCUCAAGAAUAUCCAGAACAAGCUGUUUGUGUGAUUACUGGUUUGCCUGCCAAGUACCGUGAUCCAAAGACUGGGCUGCCAUACGCUACAAAAGAAGCUUUUCAAAUAAUUCGACAACGCAUUGUGGAUGAAAGUGCAAACUCUAGAAAGGAGACUAGUAUGGGAGGCUUAUAUGAUUCAGUUUCAGGAUGUGGUUUUCCAACCAAGCGAAAAAGAUCAAUAAUGCCCGAUAAAAAUAUACAUCAACAUGAUCGGUCCUUGGCUCGCUUUCGUAGAAUUCCUACUUUUGAGGAUGAAGAUUCUGACUGA